AUGAUUCUCAAAGAAGUCGCUCGCGAGCUGAACCUCAGUGAAGCGUCCUUUCAUCGCAGCAACGAUGACCAUUUCUUCUACCACCCUGUUGAGGUCAUUGCCCUUAUCGAAAACGAAUACUAUGGUGAAGUGCCAAAGGAAGACGACUGGCUAGACGACUUUCACGGCACUGUCGAGCACCAACGUUGCCUCCAGUCGCUUCAAGUGUCUUUGUGGUCGCGCCUCCAGGAUGCGGGUGUCGAGACUGCUGAUCCUGGCGCAUGGAAGGAUGCAUUCGCGAUCGGGGAGCACAGUGCAGUCUUUGCAGUACUACUUACCAUGCUAUCAAACCUCAAGUACCUUGAACUGGAGGACGCUGCACUUACAUACUGCGAAUGGCUUGAUCCUGUCUGGAAGCGCGCCCGCUCUAAUUUGGAAGUGCUUGGGAAACUCGAAUCAGUGGGCGUCUUUCAUGAUGACAGUGAAUACGCAGAGCAUCCGGAGCUCCUCAACUACCUCUGCCUCGUGCCUUCGCUCAAGCGAUUCAAGAGCUGGAUGUUCGGAGACUUCGAUUGCAAGGCACCAGAGCGCGUGGAAGGUUGUACGUCAAAUCUAGAGUUCGUCGAAAUGGGCUAUUGCUGCAAUGGUCCCGAAGCCAUGCAAACACUGCUUAAGCCAAUGGUCAAACUCAAGCGUCUGGAUUUGAUGAACUAUGAUCACGAAUGGAUUCAUUCUGGCGUCGAAACUCUGAAGGAGUACCGCGAAAAGAUCCAACAGCUUUGUGGGCCAAUGUGGGAGGAGAGAGGUAUGAAAUGGAAAGUGGGUGUCUUCAACAACGGCUUCGAAGCCUGCUGUGGCGCGUCAUUUUCCGGCGAGCACGGCAUGAUGAUCAGAUCUGCAGAACUUGCGCACGAGCUCGAUCAAAUGGACGACAAGCGACCUGUUAAGACUCGAAUGACUGAGCAGCGGGCGCCACUUUUCGCGAUUGACCAAGGAACUGUCACAACGAUAGUCAACUAUGUCGGCGUUGCUCCGCAUACCACAGGCUGA